AUGUCGUUAUUUGCAGAACAACCUCCUGUUUAUGAGCAGGUCAAUGACCAGGCUCCUCGUGAAGCCGGCGACAACAUUCCAGAUGACUUCAAGUACUCUGUUGAUGUUGCCUCCUGUGAGCUCCCCGUCAGACAAAUGUUUGUCAGGAAGGUGUACUCGCUCUUAUCAGUACAGAUCUUCGGUACUGUUCUUGUUGGAUUUUUAAUCAGAUCGAGCUCAUCGGUGCAGAGCUGGUGCUUUAAUAACAUGUGGCUCUUCUACGUAUCAAUGGUUUUCUCCAUUGGGUUUUCAAUUGCUACUAUGGUCAAGGCCAAGUCCUACCCCACCAAUUUAAUUUUGUUAGGGUGCUUCACAUUGUCAGAAGCCUAUGGGUUGGGUAUGGUUUGUGCAUUGGUCGAGUCAGAGAUCUUGGUCCAGGCCCUUUUGCUUACUUUCGUGAUAUUCAUUGGGUUAACCCUCUUCGCCUUCCAAACCAAGUACGACUUUGUCAGUUGGCAAGGGUUUGUUGGUAUGGCAUUAUGGGGUCUUAUUGGUUGGGGAUUCGUGAUGAUGUUCUUCCCACACCAAUCCUCUGCCAUGGAGAUGAUAUACUCGGGAAUUGGUGCUGCUAUAUUUAGUGUGUACAUUGUCAUUGACACCCAAAGACUUAUGAAGACUGCUAACCUUGACGAUGAGGUCAUGGCUACUAUGUCUUUGUACUUGGAUAUCUUGAACUUGUUCUUGUUCAUCUUGAGAAUCCUUCAAAGCAGACAAGACUAG